AUGUCAUUCUUGCAAACCUUAUGGAGUGUACCCGCCAUUCUAGCGCUGACGUUGUCAGCGGUCCUCAUUCGCAGGUUUGCGCGUUCAUAUGCGAUAUGCAAGAUAGCUGGCCCUCCGAGCACGUCGUGGUUGAAGGGCAAUCACAUUCAAUUCUUGGCACGGGACGCUAUGCUAUUUCAAGACGAAGUUGCCGACACGUAUGGUAAACUCUUCAGAAUCACUGGGUACUGCGGUGAACAGAAGCUUGUCAUUUCGGAUACGAAAGCGUUGCACGUCGUCCUUGUGAAGCAACUGGACACAUUCGAUGCCCCAGAGUACUAUCUUGAGCUCCGUCGCUUACUGUUAGGACGAGGUGUCCUCUCCGCUCCGAGAGCAGGCGGUGUUCACGCUAAACAUCGCAAGCUACUCAAUAGCGCUUUUGCCAUUGCUCAUCUGAAGACUAUGGUGCCGCUCUUCCAUGCAAUAUGCAAGCAGCUCUGUGAGGUCUUAAAGGGGGAUACCGAACAUGCUGAUGGCGGCGAGUUGGACGUCUUAGACUACCUGGGCCGCGGUGCUUUAGAAUUGAUUGGGCAGGCGGGUUUCGGCUACGCGUUCGAUGCUCUGAAAGGAGGGAGCCAUGAAUUCAGCGAUGCUCUCAAGCGAAUAGUUCCUGCAGUAGCCAAAGUCAUGAAGUUCCGUCCUCUGGUUCCCUACUUGACACGCACAUUCUCCUCGAGGGUUUUACGGGUCAUGGGAGAGCUUCUGCCGAUGGACUCAGUUCACAACGUGAUGAAGCUCUCGGAUAUAAUGAAGUUCUACGCGACGUCAAUCUGGGAGGAGAAGAAGCGCCUCCACGCAGAAGAUAAAAUGGGCGAUACAGCAUCGAGUUCGGGACGCGACAUUCAGAGUAUACUCCUACGAGAGAAUAGGAAGGCGUUUGAGGACGACCGUCUGCCAGACGAUGAACUACUAGCCCAAGUGAACACAUUCUUAUUCAGCGGCACUGACACAACUUCGAAUGCUCUUGCGCGUAUCUUGAAAUCAUUGGCGGACGAUCAAAGUGUUCAAGACACGUUGCGAAGGGAGCUUAUGGAAGCUACGGCACUGCACACGAGCCUCGAUUAUGAAGUACUCGACCGCCUGCCAUAUCUGGAUGCUGUUUGUCGCGAAACUAUGCGACUCUAUCCGCCGGUCCGUCUUAUGCAUCGCGUUGCAGGGCGAGAUGCUGUCUUACCUCUGCAAGACCCAGUCCGCGAUGUUGACGGUAACGUCUUAUCAGAAGUGUUUGUUCCGAAGGGCACAGAGGUCAUCUGCAACAUUGCGGCAGUCAAUCAAGACUUUGGUAGCUGGGGAGCGGAUGCGAGAGAGUGGAAACCCGAGCGCUGGCUGACCCCGUUGCCUGAAAGUGUCACUGAUGCUCGUAUACCUGGUGUACUAUCUAAUUCACUUGCGUUCUCUGGGGGCGGUCGGGCUUGCAUCGGAUUCAAGUUCUCUCUGCUUGAAAUGAAGGCCAUGCUUGCUCAGUUCAUUCCUGACUUGCGCUUCGAGCCCUCGAAUAACUGUGAGAUCGUGUGGAGGUACGGGAGUAUCGUCACCCCCAGUACCAGCGUAAAUGGGAUACCCCAGCUUCCUCUUCGCAUUUCCCAAGUAUAG